AUGGACAAAAUCCUGAUCCUCCAGAUGAGGAUGAUGAAGCUGAGCCCCCCCAGCGACCCUCUGCUGCGGCCGUAUUUCCCCGCCCGGCACGGCCCUCGGCACCACCACAGGCACGUCAGAGACUGCCAGCCCGUCAAGUACGGCAACAUAACAUACGAAGCCUGGCCCAGCGACAACAGGACGGGCGGCCCAGUGGCUACCACCAGAACGUUUGUUUCUUACAUCCCCCCAGAGGGCGAGGACCGCAAGGCGGUCUAUGGCCACUUCACUUUUGUGAGGAACCCCCUGCGGACCGUCUCUGUGCUAGAGCCGGGCGGCGCGGGAGGCUGCCAGGCUUACCGCAGGGCCCCCGUGGAAGAGACCGCAAAGCUCGGGAAGUGUCUGGUGGCCCAGAACGGUGGGUACUUCGACAUGGGAACCGGAGAGUGCCUUGGGAACGUUGUGAGCGAUGGAAAGCUGGUGAGAAACUCUGGAGGCCUGCAAAACGCUCAGUUCGGCAUCCGGAAGGAUGGCACCAUGGUGUUUGGUUACCUGUCUGAGGAAGAUGUCUUGGAUCAAACAAACCCUUUUGUGCAGCUUGUGAGUGGGGUAGUUUGGCUCCUACGAGACGGAGAAGUGUACAUCAGUCAGAGUCAAAUGGCUGAGUGUGAUGAAAUUCAAACCACAGGAACCUUCGACAAGUUCAUCAACGUGAUAUCAGCCAGGACUGCAGUUGGACAUGACAAUCAGGGGCAGCUGGUCUUGGUUCACGUGGAUGGACAGACAGAAUCCAGAGGGGUCAACCUCUGGGAAAUGGCUGAAUUUCUGAAGCAGCAGGGAAUCAUCAAUGCUAUCAACCUGGAUGGUGGAGGGUCUGCAACGCUGGUCUUAAACGGGACCCUCGCAAGCUACCCGUCUGAGCACUGCCCCUUUGACAGCAUGUGGCGUUGCCCUCGGAGCAUCUCGACCAUCGUGUGUAUCCACGAGCCCACCUGUGAGCCUGCAGACUGCAGCGGUCACGGGGACUGCGUGCAAGGGGAGUGCCACUGCACUGGGGACUUCUGGAGAGGCCCAGCCUGUGACAUCUUGGACUGUGGCCCUUCCAACUGCAGCCUGCAUGGCAUCUGCACCGACGCUGGAUGCCUGUGUGACGCUGGCUGGAUUGGCAGCAACUGCAGUGAAGCUUGUGCUAGCGGUUUCUAUGGGGACGCUUGCACCCAGAAAUGCCGGUGCCAGAACGGUGGCUCGUGUGACCCCGUGCACGGAGCCUGCUCCUGCCCGGCUGGGUACUACGGCACCAGCUGUGAGCAAGAGUGUCCCAUGGGCUGGUAUGGGCCAAACUGCCAGAAACCCUGUGCGUGUGAACACAUGUGUCCCUGCGACCGGGAGACGGGCAGCUGCAACACCACCUACGAAUUGGCAAUACAGGACCAGUUAAACAAAGCUGGGCGAUGUUUGGCUUCCCAGAAUAAGGGAAGGAGCAAAGAAAAAUUCUCUCUGUCAGAGUAA